AUGGCGGAUCAUCCUCGUUCUAGUGAGCAGCAGGAAGCAGAUGCUGCAGCUUCCAAAGGCUGUGGAAUGUUUGACUUUCUCAAGAAGAAACCCGAAGAUGCACCUCCACUUUCUCCCGACAAUGCCGGAGUGACCAAGCAAGAGGAGAAGCCUUCUCUCGCUGAAAGACUCCACCUUUCUGACAGCUCUUGA